GAACAGGUAGGGAGAAAUAGGGCAUCCCUGUCUGAUACCACGAUUAAGAUUAAAUCUGGGUGAGGUGCCAGCACGCAGUUUGAUUGAACAGUUGCCAUUGAAGUAUAAAGUUUGAAUAGUCUUAAUGAAAUAAUUACCGAAACCAUUUUUAUGAUGUUCGCGCAUCAGCAGGAUCCGACCGGAGUGCGUCAUGCAGAUCGACCAAAAACAUUUGAGUGAGAGGAGCUCAUACGACGCUCCAAGAGCCAGACUUCUUUCACUUUGGGAAGUACCGAGAAGUUUGAAAAACACGAAUUAUGGCUGUCUCUGCAAGUUAUAGCAUCUUGUUUAUUUUCGCGUGUGUAGAACUGAUUUUUGCAUCGGCGGAGCCAGCUAGAGGCAAAGGACGAGGUUUAAAUGUCGUGCAGGAUGAAGAAUCGGGCAAAUUCUUCAUUGAUCAGUUUACUACAGAUACACUACAGAGCAGUCUCACAACUAUCUUCCUGCCAAUUAUUUACAUCAUUGUUUUGGCUGUGGGGUUGCCAACCAACGCCAUGGCUAUAUAUGUCUUGCUGUUCAGGUCAAAGAAAAUUCACCCUGCUGCCAUUUACAUGGGCAACCUAGCACUGGCUGACCUGAUGUUUGUCAUCUGGACGCCUCUCAAGAUCGCAUACCAUUUAAAUGGAAAUAACUGGACUUUUGGUGAAGGGAUGUGCAAAGUUUUGGUGGGUUUCUUCUACGGCAACAUGUACUGCUCCAUCCUCUUCAUCGCUUGUAUGAGCAUUCAGCGGUACUGGGUCUGCGCUCACCCACUCACCCAGCAAAGAAAAAACAACACGUUUGCUAUCAUCGUAUCUGUGUUUAUCUGGAUCUUCAUUUGGGUCAGUACUAUACCUUUGUACCUGUACCAGCAAACCGUUGAACUCUCGGACCUCAACAUCACCACCUGCCACGACGUCAAUCUUAUCAGCAUGAAGAACUUUAAAUCGGGCAAUGCGUUCCUGGAUGUUCAGCUGCCUUAUUAUUAUUUUAUGGUGAUGGCAGGUCUUGUCUUCUUCAUCCCAUUGCUGGUCAUCAUUGCAGCUUAUAUUCUUCUCCUUCGCUCACUUGGGAAUUCCACAAUCGUGGGCAAUGCUGGAAAAAGCCGCCAACGAGCUGUGGUUCUCAUCUUAACGGUGCUCAUAACGUUCUCGGUCUGCUUCAUCCCAAGUAACGUGAUGUUGGUCGUGCAUUACGCUCUCCUACGAAACGGCCGGGCCAAUAACGGCUAUGGUUUCUACAUCAUGACACUGUGCCUGGCCAGUCUCAACAGCUGCAUGGACCCUUUCAUCUACUAUUAUGUCUCGGAUGAGUUCAGGGAGCACGUCAAGAACACGUUACUGUGCCGUAGCAGUCGAAUGGUGGAGAGGAGGAAGGUCUCGUUCCACUCAAUGAAGUAUUCUAAAAAGUCCAACUCGCAUACUUCCAGCACAGGCAACACAGAAAGCAGCAACUGCUGAGAGCAGAUGGACAUGGACCAUGAUGGACGCGAGUUUAUGUAUUUAUCUGUGGAAUGUACAUAAGAUUUGACUUCAUAUUCAUGCUCUGUGUUCUCCAUUGGAUGAUACUGAAACUGUCUGAGAGCAGAUUGAAGCGUUUAUGAAGACAUUUUGCUUCAGAGACCUUCGUAAACCCCAAAGCUGAAGAAGGAGCCACAAAGAGUUUGAACAGAACAGUCUCUGUUUCUAUAGCAUUCAGUCUAAAACUCAGGGUCUUGAAGCCAAAGCAGUCUCAUAAAACUUGAAGACAAGCAUUCCAGCCAGAUCAUUCUGUUGUUACAUUUAAUAUUGUUCAGAUGGGCGUUGUGAAAUAUUUAAUGUGAAUUUGCCAGCCUGCAAUGGGUAAAAAAAAAAACAAUGCUUUGAAAUGUAAGUAUGUUUUAAUUUCAUCUUUCAGCCAGAAUUUGUUCUGUUUUUAAUAUUUUUUUCUUUUGUAUCAAAACUAAUUUGCGAUUAUUUUGGUUUUUGCCUGUUAGUCACAAUGACAUAUUAUUUUUGUACCUCACUGUAUUAUAUAGCCAUAAUUAGGUCCCUAUUCUUGUCUGUGAUGCGCAUGUUGGAAUAAUUUUUUUCUAAAUUCAUGCAGAUUCAUUUUCUAAAUUCAACUGUAACUGUAUUCAACUGUAACUUCAUUAUCUCAAAAGUGGUGUUCUAGAGAAUUCCCAGUCAGUUCAGUGUGUGUCUGAAUCUUCAUUCACACCUUGUUUAUCAGAUGUCGCUGUGCCUCUUACAAGGAAAUACAGCUGUUAACACAAGUAGCCCACUUUACCCCUAAAUGCACAGUGACUUCUAAAUAAAUGUUUUAUUUGUUUUUCCGCUGAAUUGUUAGUUUCCUAUUAUAAUUGCGUUUUUUUUUUAUCACAUUUGGAGUAUAAAACAUUUUUUAUUAGUGAGUCAUAUGUUGUUUGUGGAAACUAUGAAAAGCUGUGUCAUCAACACAAACCAUGAAGCUUAACCUUGUGAUGUAAGACUUCAUGAUGUUAUCUUUCGGCUACAAAAUGUUAACAUUCCUUUGGUUGAACAUUUUUAGUAAUUUUGUGGGGACAAAAUGUGCCUCAUGAAACAUGAGUGAAUUUGUGUAAGAUUAAAUUGCUUUGGAUAUAAAAAAUCUGCUAAAUGUUAAUUAUUAAAUGUAAAUGCAAAACUGUUUACACAACGAUUUACAAAAAUUCAUUCUGCUUUUAUUUUAAUGAAUAGGGCACUUUUAAAUGUCUAUCCUGUUUUGAUUACUAGUAUGAGCAUGUUUCAUAUCGAAAUAUCUUGCUAUGUUGACUUGUCUGAUUUUAUCAGUGAAACUGCUGCUCUAGUGAAUUCAUACUGUACUCUAUUAAUAAGUGAGUGUGACUCUGUCUUCUCCAAAUGU